CUUGGAAACAGAACCGACAGACAGAAGUGAGUCAGUCCGGCUCCGGACUUCUCCCCACACCCGGACCCGGCUGCACGAGGCAAGGUGCAUCAUGAGCAGCAGCUACAGCGUCUCCCUGGCUGGCCCCGCCCCCUGGGGCUUCAGACUGCAAGGAGGGAAGGACUUCUGUUUGCCCCUCACCAUCUCACGGCUGACCGAAGGGGGCAAGGCGGUUAAAGCUGGGAUGAGCAUCGGAGACAUCAUCCUUUCUAUAAAUGGGAUUUCCUCAGAACGCAUGAAUCAUCUUGAGGCCCAGAACAAGAUUAAGGCUUGCACAGGCAACCUCAGCCUGACUCUACAGAGACCCUCCUCUGUCUCUAAAGAUGAAGUGCACAAGGACGAGCCACAGGAAAUCAUUAAGCCUGUGCCAAUCACUCACCCUGCUCCGAGCACCACUUUCACCAAGCCGCUAAAUCAGCCCAGUCCUGCAUACAACAAGACCGCUCGGCCGUUUGGGGGUGGUGGCAGCGGGGUCACGGCUUCUUCCUCCCCAGCUGCUCCCAAAGUUGCCUCUAUCCCCUCUGAGUCCUCCGCUUUCACCCCAGCUGCCCCCUCUCAACCACCGCAGCCUCCAUUUGCACUGAAGUCCAGCUCAGCUGCAGCAAACUCAGCCCCCAAAGUCAGCACCGCACACUCCACCUUCUCCUCCCCGUCUGCCUCCUCCACCUCGUCUAGCUCCUCCUCCCCAGCCAAAGUGACAGCCACCUCCUCCCAUCCUAAUGUCCCACAGCCCUCUGUCUAUAACACUCCCAUCAACUUGUACUCCAAUGCCAACGCCUCUGAAGUAGCUAUGGGACAGAUGCGAGGGCUUUUGGAGAGCCAGGGGCUUUCAGAGCAUGUCAAUGGGAAGCCUGUCGCAGAGCCUGAAAAUAACGCAUCCCUCAUGAGUGACGCCAGCAAGAAGCGCCUGAUUGAGGACACGGAGGACUGGCACCCCCGGACUGGCACCUCCCAGUCUCGCUCCUUCCGCAUCCUUGCCCAGAUUACUGGAACUGAGAAAGAGCAAAUGCAAGAGAACAAUGGAAAGAAUGAGGCAGUUGAUAAAAUUACUCCCGCUGUACACACAUCGCCUGCAACGAAAACCUAUUCCAAAUCUGCAGUGGCACCGAAGAACAGUAAUGUCGUCCCUGCGUCUACAUACAAGAGUCCUGCUGCCCAGAACAAGCCCUCCUUCCAGCCUGGAGCUUUAUCAGGUCCUCCUAAAGUGGGUGCAGGUCCUUCAUUUGGAAAAGUUGCCAAUCCUGCUCCAAAAGGAGCAGACCAUCCCAUUCCACGGCCUCAUCCAGAGGAUCUGAACUCCCUGGUGCAGCGUGCCGAGCACAUCCCAGCUGGUACCCGCACCCCGAUGUGCUGCAAGUGCAACAAGGUCAUCAGAGGCCCGUUCCUUGUGGCUAUGGGCAUGUCGUGGCACCCUGAGGAAUUCAACUGCGCUCGCUGCCACUCCUCCCUAGGCGAACGUGGAUUCGUGGAAGAGAAGGACCAGGUGUACUGCGUGCGUUGCUACGAGCAGUUCUUUGCUCCAACCUGUGCCAGCUGCCACCAGAAGAUUCUCGGGGAAAUCAUGAAUGCUCUAAAACAGACCUGGCAUGUGUCUUGUUUUGUCUGCGCCGCCUGCCAACAGCCAAUCAGGGGCAACACGUUUCACAUGGAGGACGGGUUGCCAUACUGUGAAAGAGAUUACUACACCAUGUUUGGGACUACCUGCCACGGCUGCGACUUCCCCAUCGAGGCGGGAGACAAGUUCCUGGAGGCUCUGGGGUUCACCUGGCAUGACACCUGUUUUGUGUGCGCGGUCUGCACCGCCAGUCUGGAAGGUCAGCCCUUCUUUUCCAAAAAGGACAAGCCUUUGUGCAAGAAACAUGCCCACUCUGUCAACAUCUGAGCUCGCCUCGGGAGUACAAAUAAAACAAGAACACCUAGGCAAUGUGCAGAAUUGAAUUAGAUGUAAAAUAUUUAGCAUGGUUAAGGAAAUGGAUUUUAAUCAAAUGUGUUG